ACGAAACAUUUUUAAUUUUUUUCUUUCAAAUGUGUGUUCUGAAGUACAUUUCUCUUAGUCCAAAACAGAUUUCUAACAAUCAGUAUUUAUUAAAGAUCCUGCCAUUUUUUUCCCUCCAAUUCUGCCUAUGUUCCUAAUGCUAUUGAAACAAACCAAAGCGCAUUAAUAUAAACCUCUGAUUUGCAGCUGCACUACUGCCGGAGUUGCUGUUAAGCUGUUUCUAAAUAAUCAGAAUUGCAAAUUCAACAGCUUUUGGCAAAGUAACAUGAAAAUAAAUCCCACACCUAAAGCAACAACCUAAAAAAUGAAAUACUUGGUAGUAUUAGCCACUCCUUCACCCUCACAAACACCCCACACCCAUUUUUUAAAAAUGAUGCAAAUUUGGAGUCGCAGUAAUGUGCUGAAAUGUGUGUGUGUGUACGUGUGAGACAAAGUGCGCUGCCUCUCCUUAUAAACCUCAAACAUCUUUAGAAGUCGUCGCGCAUAAGAUACACACUCGUGUCUUCUCUCUGAUCACCGUCAUCUGUCAUCAUGAUGUUCCUGAGCACUGCUGCUCUCGCUGGACUCCUGCUCUCACUCUCAGGGUUUGAGGCCAUCGUACAUCUGACCCAGGAGAAGAUCAUGAACGUCAAUGUAGGACAGGAUGUAAAGAUUCUCUGCAGGAGAGAUGAUAGUGGUAGCUGGAGCAUUUCAUGGUACCAACAGAAAGCUGGAGAGACUCCAAAGUUUGUACUAGCUGAUGCCACCAGAGCCAGUGGUCUGUCCAGUAGAUUCACAUACACAGACAACGGUUUGGACGAGUACCUGAACAUUGCCCGAGUGGAAGCUGAGGACGAAGCGGUGUAUUACUGCGGCUGCAUCAUUUGCGACAACCAUCACAGUGCUGCAUGGCAUGGCAGCAUCGGCGGGGGCACUGAAUUAAAGAUCGCUCGUGGGUCGUCUCCCCCGUCCCUGCUCCUGCUGGCUCCCUCUGGUUCUCUGCUCUCUGAGAGUGAUGUCAGUGUGAUGUGUGUGGCUCAGGGUUUUUACCCUGAAGGUGUUACCAUGUCCUGGUCUGAGGACAGCAGCAGUGUGACGGGUGACAAGGUGCAGACGGGUCCGUAUCAGCGCCAAGCCGACGGCACGUUCUCCCAGACCAGCGUUCUGAAGCUUAGCAAGCAGCGCUGGAGCUCUGGGAGAACCUACACGUGCCGCCUGAGUCACUCUGCGCUUUCCACACCUCUGAGCCAGAGCACCAGCCUGGACCAGUGCAUGUAGAAAGAUCACCCAGUGCUGUUCCACAUGUUAUCUGCUGCAUAAAGAAAGAUUUAUAAAACACACCCUAAUGAAGAAAAUGUCUUUAAUAGUUAGUGGAUUGUGCAUUUAAACAGUUGCUUUUUGUUGUCAGUGAAAGUUAAUAAAGCUUUAUACUUUUUCAGCAGAAACUAUAGUCUUUUUGCAGUUUUUGUUCCUGUUUCACUUCACGCUUGGGAUGAAUCAAACUAUAUAUACAAGUUUCAUUUUCAGAUAGUUUUUUUCACAAGUUCUGAUUUGCAUAUGAUUGCCCAUCG